AUGGGUUGUUCCAGUUCAAUACCAAAGCCAAAGACAGAAUGUAAAGGAUUUAAAGAGAUUAAAGAAGAGUUACAAGAGAAUUUCGGAGCACAAACUGGUCUAACAGAAGCAGAGAAGAUCAUUGUAAAAUCUACAUGGAAAUAUAUGACAACAGAUAUAGCUGACAAUGGACUUCAGAUCUUUUUGCGAAUAUUUGAUUUGUGUCCUGAAGCAAAAGAGCUUUUCAAAGUGGAAAAUGUGCGGCACUCGGAACUUGCUAGGAAUCCACUUUUGAAAGUACACGGCGCUCGUUUUAUGAACGGUAUAGCUGCUGCAAUUGAUAGUCUAAAUGAAACCAACUGUUACCAAGAUGAACUGGGAAACAUUUUAUUUGUUCUUGGACAGCGGCACAAAAACUCCUCAGGAUUCAGACCGGAAUAUUUUGAAGUAUUUUAUAGAGCACUAAUGUGGCGAUGGGAAUUUUGUAUGGGAGAAUAUUUUACAGCAGAAGUUUCAAAAACUUGGAGUCACGUGUUUCUUUACAUGAUGGAAAAACUAAAAGAGGGUUAUCUUUCUCCAGAAACUUGA